UCCUCCUCACUUGCUCUCAGAUCGGACUUGACACUGGAAGCCUAGCGGUGCUGUCUAUCUGCUGAUCUUCCCUUCACUGCUCAUUCCAGGUUCUUCCAGCCCCCAUGAUUGGACCGGAUAAGUUGGGGUUCGAGAUGGACUUCGGGUAUAGGAGCUCUGCCUCUUUAGGCGACUUUAACUCCUUCAGUGCCAGCAUACCUGCCACCAAAGUGGAGUUAACUAUCUCGUGCAGGAAUCUUUUGGAUAGAGACACAUUUUCAAAGUCAGAUCCAAUUUGUGUAUUGUAUACUCAAGGUAUUGGAAACAAGGAAUGGAGAGAGUAUGGGAGGACAGAAGUGAUCGACAACACCUUAAAUCCAGAUUUUGUAAAGAAAUUUAUAAUGGACUACUUUUUUGAGGAAAGGCAAAAUCUCCGGUUUGAUCUGUAUGAUGUUGAUUGUAAAAGUCCUAACCUAGCAAAACACGACUUUCUCGGCCAGGUAUUUUGCACAUUGGGGGAAAUUGUUGGAUCUCAAGCAAGCCGACUUGAAAAAAACAUAACAGGAAUUCCUGGGAAAAAUUGUGGAACAAUCAUAAUUUCAGCAGAAGAGCUGAACAAUUGCAGAGAUGCGGUAUUAAUGCAGUUCUGCGCCAAUAAGCUUGACAAGAAAGAUUUUUUUGGAAAGUCAGAUCCUUUUUUAGUUUUUUACAGAAGCAAUGAAGAUGGCAGCUUCACAAUUUGCCACAAAACAGAAGUUGUAAAAAAUACGUUAAAUCCUGUAUGGCAGGCAUUCAAGAUUCCGGUCAGAGCACUGUGCAAUGGAGAUUUUGACAGGCCAAUUAAAGUAGAAGUCUACGACUGGGACAGAGAUGGGGGUCAUGAUUUUAUUGGUGAUUUCAUAACAAGCUACAGGGAACUUUCACGAGGACAAUCACAGUUCAAUGUUUAUGAGGUAAUAAACCAAAAGAAAAAAGGAAAAAAGAAAAAGUAUCUAAACUCUGGAACUGUGACGUUGCUUUCAUUUUUAGUGGAAACCGAAGUGUCAUUCCUUGAUUAUAUAAAAGGGGGGACUCAAAUUAACUUCACAGUUGCCAUAGAUUUCACAGCAUCAAAUGGUAACCCUGCACAACCAACCUCACUGCAUUAUAUGAAUCCUUAUCAACUGAAUGCAUAUGGCAUGGCACUAAAGGCUGUAGGAGAAAUUAUUCAGGAUUAUGACAGUGACAAAAUGUUCCCUGCAUUGGGGUUUGGAGCAAAACUACCACCUGAUGGGAGAGUAUGUCAUGAAUUUGCUUUGAAUGGAAAUCCGCAAAACCCGUACUGUAAUGGAAUCGAGGGAGUAAUGGAAGCUUAUUACAGAAGUUUAAAAAGUGUACAACUCUAUGGACCAACUAAUUUUGCACCUGUUAUUAAUCAUGUGGCGAGAUAUGCUUCUUCAGUAAAGGACGGCUCCCAGUAUUUUAUUUUGCUGAUUAUUACAGAUGGAGUAAUCUCUGACAUGGCGCAGACAAAAGAGGCUAUAGUCAAUGCCUCAAAGCUUCCAAUGUCAAUUAUAAUUGUGGGAGUAGGACCUGCUGAAUUUGAUGCAAUGAUUGAACUAGAUGGAGAUGAAAUCAGAGUUUCCUCAAGAGGCCGAUAUGCAGAAAGAGAUAUUGUACAGUUUGUUCCUUUCCGAGACUACAUUGACAGAAGCGGAAACACUGUUUUAAGUAUGGCUCGGCUUGCCAAGGAUGUCUUAGCUGAGAUCCCUGACCAGUUUCUCUUAUAUAUGAGGUCCAGAGGAUUCAAGCCAUUUCCUGCUCCUCCUCCGUAUACACCGGCAAGUCACCUUUUACAGACUCAAAUCUGACUGUAGAGUACAGUACUUCCAGCCUCUUAUUACAUCUUUCAAGCUGACUGCUCAGCUUUUAAGUCAAGGUGCACUAAGUAUGGACACGUAACAGGACUGCUCUUCUUUGUGGAAUAUUGAGUUUUUUUGGAUAAAAAAGGUUUCUGUUUACAGACCAAAACUGUAAAUAUCGAUAUAAGAUAAACUAGAAAGAUUUUAAAUACUCUGCAGGAAAAAAAAAAAAAAAAAAAAAGAAACAAUUUCCUAUCUGAGUCAUAUUUUUGUGAAAGUUAAUUUUUAUUGGAAUUGUUGGGGAAAGCACAAAUUACACUUUUAAUCCAAACUGUUUUGUUCUCCCUAACUGAGAUCUACUUCUAUAGGAAUGCAAUUCCUUGGUGUCAAUGUUUACAUGUUACUAAUUUUUAAAUUUCAAUACUUUUGUAACUAUUCUUAAAAAGAGAGUUUAAAAUGAUAUAAAAUCCAGAGUCUUCUAGCUGACAAUAGCUAUAGCCUCAAAAAGCAAUAUCCCUUUUAAAAGAAUACCCUAGACUAACUUGAAAGUAAUGAAGGACAAAUUCACAUUUCUUUAGAAUGCAAGAAAUUGCUAUGUUAAAGCAGUUAUGCGUUUUGACAGAUGCAAAAUAACUAAUACGAUUGAAAAGGGAAUUCUACAAAAGGUGUGAAUUCUGGAAUAAAGAAAUCGUUUUGCCCUGAAUAAUUUAAACUUGCAGUUAACUUAAACACUGCAUUAAAAAUUUGCUAACUAAAUAUAAAAAUCUGAAGAUUUAGAAAAAAAAAAAAAGUUUUGCUUUAAACUUAUAUACAUGCCAUUGGCUGUUUUUUUUUGUUGUUUUUUUAUUUUAUUUCAUGUGACGACAAUAGUAUCACCAUUUUUGUAUGGUUUUAUUAUGAUGCAUGACGUCUAGAUAUGUCUAUCAAAGGGAUGGUAGCUAUACAUACUGGGGUUUAUUGUUAGCAACUUAUCACAUUAAUGCUAUAAGGAGAGAGAGGGCGGGAUAUACGAUUACAGAAUAUGUACUCAACGGCGGUUCUAACAUGGUGCUGGUGGUGAUAUAGCAACUAUUAAUUAUUCAAAUGUGCCAACAAUCCUAUACUAGCCAGAAAUUGUUUUACAUACGUAUAAAUAUAUAUAUAUAUACACACAAACACAUUUAUAGUGCUCUGUAGAGUCCUCUGACUGCUGUUGCAAAAUACAAAAUCUUUUUAAAUGAACAUUAAAUUAAAUAUUUUAAUGUCCCCAUAAAUAGGUAGAUUAUAAGUGGAGUGCAAAAAUAUUAGCGCUAUUGCAAGGUAACAUCACUAAAUAGUCAAUAGUUGAAAUGUAAUAAUUUGUCAUUUAAACUAAAGUCUAGGGCACACAAACACCUGAAUGUUGGAUAGUGCAAGUGAGCUAAAUACCUCACAUUAGAUGUUGGAUAUAGCUCAAGAGCUACACCAAAGUUGCGUCAAACUCCGCACAAGUAAUGAAGUACUUUACUUACAGUAAUAUUAUGGAUUUGUAAUGAAAUAUAAGUUAAAAACACUGCACACUUACAUACAUACAUACAUAUGUAUAUACACAUACACACAUAUAUAUAUAUAUAUAUACAAAUACACACACAUACAUAUACAAACAUGCUUAUAUAUAUAUAUAUAUAUAUAUAUACAUACAUAUGUAUACACACAUAUAUAUAUAUAUACACAGUAUAUAUAUAUAUAUAUAUAUAUAUACACAAAUACAGACACAUUUACACAUACACACACAUACAUAUAUUCAUACACUCACAUGUGCAUAUAUUCAUACACACUCGUUUAUAUAUAUAUACACCUACAAAUACAUACACAUAUACACAGACACACACACAUAUAUAUAAACACACACAUAUAUCACAUAUAUACUGUACAUACACACAUACAAAUAAAUAAACAUACAUAUACACCUUUGAGCCCUUCCAAGUCCAGCACCAUAUUCAUUUUAAUAAGUGUUAAAAUGUUUUGUUUUUAAUAAUAAACCUUUAUUUUAAAUGUAAUCGGUAUAAAUAUAAAUGAAAUACUUUAGUGUAAUAUAUUUUUCAUCUGUUUUGUUAUGCAAUUCUUAAGGUGUUAACACUUUAUGUCAGCUCAGAGCUAUUUUGUGUUGUCCUCAAGGACAGCACUUAACUCACCACUGUGCUAAGUAUAGGAUACUAAAAACAAAUGUCACCCACAUUAAGAUGGUUAACAUUUUUUAACAUCCACCAGUAAUACCAGAUUGUAUGCUGGUCUUGGCACAAGGUGAGCAAAAGAUAACGCAACAUGCACUAUUGAUUGUGCUCCAAUUGUAAUCUAGCAAAAAUGUUUAACAAAGGAACAGCUUUCUAUUAUGCAUUUAAUAUUUAUUUUGCCUGUAUAUGUUGUAAAAUACCAAUGAAAGGUGAGCUUCUUUUACUUCCUCCAGAGAGGCUUAAUAAUUUUGUACCUGCAUAAUAAUUAAGUAUGGGGAAAUUUAUCAGGCCAAAAAAGUUUAUUUACACGUCGCUAAAUAUCUGAAGCAAAAGAGACCAGGAUAUGGAUUCCAUCAGGCAUUUAAGAUGUUUAUCCCUUAACUGCUCUUGAUUUGCACAGCCUGGGCUAACAAAAUGCGAGUAGUAAGUGAUUAUUACAUUGUUAUAUGCAUCUAAAAAAACAACACAAAUAUAAGGAUAAGAACCAGCUAAACGAAAGAGGAUAAAAUAAGACAAUGCUGACUCUCCCACCAGCACCAAACACCACCCUUCAUAUUCAGAUUUGUAUUUGAUUUUUUUUUCUUUGUCUUAAGCUAUAACCGCCCCUGAGGACUGUAGAUAUUCUAUGCUGUUCAAUGCAAAAGUAGGGAGUUUGGGAAAUGCACAUCCAUUAACUGCACACAAAACUAUGUUUACUUAAUUACCCCAAAAAAACCUAUAUAUGCCUGUUCAUAUAUAAUAGUGCAAUGUUUUUGCAUGUACAGUUUUUACAACAUAAUACACAGUUUUGUGGUACUUUGUGUCAAAUACAAUACAUUAAUCUAGAACUAAUGGCCUUAAACACACACCCAGUUCCUCAAAACGAUUGUCAAUUGCCUUGAAAUGAUGGAAAAAUAUUCUAUCUUUUGUGUCAACCUUGUAUCUGCUUUGUAAUGUAAUUUUUAUUUGCAUAAUAUAUGCAUAAAUAAUUUGUCUAUUUCUAUGAUGUACUGUUAAAUCUAAAACUGUAGCCAAUCCUUUUUUUCUGGUAAGCAUGGUAACAGAUAUUUUACUGAAUUAAUAUAUAUAUAUAUCUGCAAUUUUACAUGGCAAAUACUUAUGUAAUGCGAUAUAUUACAUUUUUAUUAUAUUAAAACUAUUUAAAACCA